GCAAGCCCAUUGAGCUUUUCAUAUUCAGUGCAUUUUGUGAACUUGAAAAGGCGCGUCGUUUUGUUUAAGUUGUUUAAUAUUAAUAAUUAUAAUUGCCCCUACAUAGCUAUCGAGGUUGAUGUAAUGGGCUUACAGCUUUUCCUAGUCACUGCUAUUGCGGUUCUAGUCGCAUACCUUAUACACAAAUGGCGUCGCAAUCUACAGUACUGGAAGAACUUAGAGAUCCCCUGCGAUAAACCGCACUUUUUGUUUGGUAAUUUGACGGGCGUGGCAACCAGGCGGUCUUUUAACGACAUUUGGUCAGAGUACUACGCAAAGUAUAGGGGUACUGGACCUUUUGCCGGUUUCUUUUGGUUUUACAGACCUGCUGUCUUUGUACUGGACACAUCCCUGGCCAAGCUCAUCCUGAUCAAGGAGUUCAACAAGUUUACGGACCGAGGAUUCUAUCACAACGAGGAAGACGAUCCGUUGUCGGGACAUCUUUUUACGCUGGAUGGUCCAAAAUGGAGAACUAUGAGACACAAACUGUCAUCCACAUUUACUUCCGGAAAAAUGAAGUACAUGUUCCCCACAAUAGUGAAGGUGGGUCACGAGUUCAUUGAUGUCUUUGGCCAGUCGGUGGAUAAGGAAGAGAUUGUUGAAGUUAAGGACUUGCUCUGCCGAUUCACCACGGAUGUUAUUGGCACAUGUGCCUUUGGCAUCGAGUGCAGCAGCUUGAAGGAUCCCAAUGCAGAGUUCCGUGUAAUGGGAGGAAGAUCCAUGACAGAACAACGCCAUGGUCCCCUGGGCGUGGCAUUUCUUAGCAGUUUUCCGAAUCUAUCGCGACGAUUGCACUUGAAGCUGACGGCCCAGCCCAUCGAGGAUUUCUUCCUGCGAAUAGUCAGGGAAACAGUGGCCUUUAGGGAAGAAAACCAUAUACGUCGGAACGACUUCAUGGACCAGCUAAUAGAUCUUAAAAACAACCAAUCACUCAAAUCCGAAACUGGAGAGACUGUCAGCCUGACCAUCGAGGAGAUGGCAGCCCAGGCUUUUGUAUUUUUUGCGGCUGGAUUUGAAACCUCUUCGACCACUAUGGGAUUCGCUUUGUAUGAGUUGGCCCAGCAUCAGGAUAUUCAGGAUCGAGCUCGGGAAGAGUGCCGGGAGGUGCUUAGAAGACACAAUGACACUUUGUCGUAUGAAAGCAUGACAGAACUAGUCUACCUUGAUCAAAUAAUAGCUGAAACCCUUCGCCUUUAUACAGUCCUUCCUGUCCUGAAUCGUGAGUGCGUUGAAGAUUUUACAGUACCCGACAAUCCCAAAUAUGUGAUCAAAAAGGGGAUGCCUGUUCUGAUACCUUGCAGUGCCAUACACCGCGAUGAGAGAUUCUAUCCCAAUCCAGAAGUCUUCAAUCCGGACAACUUUUCGGCGGAUAGGGUCAAGGAGAGAGACUCCGUGGAGUGGCUGCCAUUCGGAGAUGGUCCUAGGAACUGCAUCGGAAUGCGAUUUGGACAAAUGCAAACGCGAAUUGGAUUGGCUCUGCUAAUCAAGGACUUCAAGUUCUCGGUGUGCGAUAAGACAACAAUACCCAUGGAGUACAACAAGAAACACUAUCUUGUGGCAAGUGAAUCCGGUAUUUUUCUACAAGUUAAACGUGUCCAAUAACCCCUUGUUACUUAAACCAACCAAUCGUGACCUAUGCUCUACGAAAUUAUGUUGAGGUAGAUAAGGUUAAUCCAAAUGGAACUUGACAAAAAUCAACCAGAAUAGAGAAAAAGCCUUCA